AACCAAUGUUUUCCCUUCUUUUUUUUUUUCCUCCUUGAAUUCAUGAAACUUUUAGAGAUUAUACAAUCUUGGAGCAAGAAAAUUUGUGAUUGGUGGAGUAGGACUAAUGGGGUGUAUUCCAAGUAUUCUUGCACAAAGUCAAAAUGGUGCAUGUUCAGAGGAAGUGAAUCAACUUGUCCUUCCAUUCCAUAACAAUGUUAGAUCAAUGCUCACCAGCCUAAAUUCCAAUCUCCCUGGCUUCAGAUUUUCUUACAUUGACAUCAGGAAUAUGUUCCAAGAUCUCCUUGCUAAUUCCAGACAAUAUGGAUUUAGUGAAGUAAAUCUUGGAUGCUGUGGAGUAGGGAGAAAUAGAGGGCAAAUAACAUGUUUACCAUUCCAAACACCAUGUUCUAACAGGGAACAAUACAUAUUUUGGGAUGCAUUUCAUCCAACUGAGGCAGUUAACAUCUUGUUUGGAAGGAAAGCUUUUAGUGGUGGACCCGAUGUUGUUUAUCCAAUGAAUAUUCAGCAACUUGCCACUCUUUGACUUUGAUGUUAUGGAAGGAAAUUGAAUUUCUUCUACUAAUUAAUUACCAUUUAUGUGUAGUGAACUGAGCUUUCUUUUUUCUGUUUUAACUUGUUUUUGUGGGUAUUUUUCUAUAUUUAGUUAAGAAUGUAUUGUCUUGUUCUUGUGGAGGCAGUUACUGAUAUAUUA